CGUGUGAAACUGCUGUCUUAUUUGAUUUCAUGAUUUAUAAGCUCUGCUCUGCUCUGUUCUGCUCUGAACAGAGUUUCUAACAGCAGAUUUUGAUGGACCAAUCAUAUUCUCAUUGUCUCCUCUGAACCCUUCCCGAUUACUCUCUCUUUCUCUCCUUUCAUGGCGAUCGCUGCUGCUUCUUCCUUCUCCGUCGGUCCUUCCCAGUGUCAUUUAUGUCAAGUGGAAGGGGUUUAUUACUCACCAUUACAUGGGGUUAACAGCAGUUGGGUCAAAACUACAUUUGAUGGCUGCAGAUCUAGUGACCUGUCCGGCGUGAGUUUCAGAUGCAGGAGUCCAUUUUUCGGAUCAACACAAUUUCAUUGGUGGUCUGCAGGACAUGAUCAUUGCCUUUCAAAAGUUUCAGUUGCUGCAGAUUAUUCUGAUUCUGUUCCUGACUCAUCUAGUUAUGCAAGUAACCAAGGUUAUCAUCCUCUUGAAGAACUGAAAGUUUUGAAAAGGAUGCGGGAAACUAAACUAUCAGCAGCUGAAGUAGCAAGGACAACCGUUGAGGCUAACAGCACAGCUUUGCUAGUCUUUCCUGGCACAGUGCAUUCUGAACCUCAUGAACAAAUUUCUUGGGCUGAAUUUCAUUAUGUCAUUGAUGAUUAUGGAGAUAUCUUUUUUGAAAUUUUUGAUGACGAGAACAUCUUACAAGAUCGUGGAGCAAGUAACCUUGUGAAUGCUCUGAUUGGGAUGGACAUCCCCAUGCAUGAGAAUAAUAGGGUAGUUGGUGAAUACAAUAUUUCAGACAUUGGGAACGAUGAUGAAAUUCCUUUUGAUGAUGAUUAUUUUGAGGUUAUGGAUUCUGAAAUGUCUGAGGCUCCAGUGGAUUGGGGGAUGCCAGAUACUGCUACUGCCACCUGGGUUCAUCCUAUAUAUUUUGCCAAAUGCUUGACAAAGGCUGUUCAUAUGGAACAUGACAGAAAAAUGGACCAUCCAUCAAAUGGUGUUUCUAUUGUGGGUUGCCUCAGACCAGCCUUUUAUGAUGAAGAAUCAUAUCUGAGAAGGCUAUUCCAUUUUGAAGAUAAUGAUGGCUACACCUCAGACUGGAAAGAUGGUGAAACUUCCAGAUCUAGUUCCAAAUAUGGUGGAUCUAAAAGUGACUCGACUCUCUAUCGAAUGGAGAUAAUGAGAAUGGAAUUAUUCUCUAUAUAUGGUGUGCAGUCUUUAAUUAGCUUGCAAGAUUUUCAAGAUGCUGAGCCUGAUGUCCUUGUACACUCUACUUCAGCAAUUUUAGAGCGUUUUAGUCAAAAUGGAAUCAGGUGCAAUGUUGCUCUAAAAGCCCUGUGCAAGAAGAAGGGUCUCCAAAUAGAGGGAGCUAAUUUGAUUGGAGUUGAUAGUCUCGGCAUUGAUGUAAGAAUUUUCUCUGGGGUGGAAGUUCGAACUCAUCGUUUUCCAUUCAAAGUUCGGGCUAUGUCUGAAACUGCAGCUGAAAAGCAGAUCCUUAAACUGCUGUUCCCGCGGUCUCACCGAAAGAAAUUUAGGACUGAUGGAGAUGGAUUUAGGGACCCAGCCUCCUUUUAGUUUUCCUUUCUAAUUAUCCAGUGACUCCAGUUAAGGAUUGUUCAAGACUUGGAAUGUUCUUUAACCAGAAUUUUUGCAUCUUUGGUUGAAAAGAGCAGCAAGCUUAGGUUAUCCAAAUUCCUUCCACCUAAUCAGUGAGAGCUGAUUCCAAUGCAGUUAUGGGCACUAUCAAGCACAGAAGAACUCGUUCCUCAAGAUUUUUAGUGCUAUCCAGAUGAGAUUGACCAGGAGCAUUACUAUAUUAUUCCACAUAGCCUACAACAAUGGCCGAGCUGUUUGCAACCUGAGCAGUGGUACUACAUGAAGCUGAAAUGGAAACUUUUCUUGGAGGUAGGGAGAGCUGUUGCACACAAAAUAUAACAUUUGUUGAGGUCUCAUCUGAAGCUUAUGGAUUGCUAGGAUGACUGUUAGCUUGAUGUAGUAAUAAAACAGUGGCAUCUUGUACAUGUUUCAAGCUGAUGCCUGCCCCAAAACCUUUGCUUUUAGUGGUCAUUCAAGAUGAGAUAAAUAAAAUGGGAGAGGGACAUGAUACCUAGCUUUGUAACUCAAAUUUAGAAUGGUGCUUAACCAAAUUUGCUUAUCAACUCAGCAACUGGUGAGCGCAGCUGGCAACAGAACUGCAUUUUGGCUUACGCGUGAUAUAA